GCAACGCGAGGGUUUUUGGUCUCUACUUCUCACCUCGUCGGAACUCGGAUCAGUUGACUCAGUUAAUCAAUCCUCUUCGAGAUAAAUUAAAAAAGAUGCACAAAUCUUCAGCUAUAUUCACAACAAUUUCAUCAAUCUUGUUAUUUUUAUUUCUGUGUAGCACUAGCGUCGAGGCAUUGUAUGGAUCAUCAUCACCUGUGCUUCAGCUCACUCCCACUAAUUUUAAGUCCAAGGUUCUAAAUUCAAAUGGUGUCGUAUUAGUUGAAUUUUUUGCACCUUGGUGUGGUCAUUGUAAAGCUCUUACCCCCAUUUGGGAGAAGGCUGCUGCUGUCUUAAAAGGUGUUGCAACUGUUGCGGCUCUUGAUGCCGAUGCUCACCAGUCACUUGCUCAGGAAUAUGGGAUUCAAGGAUUUCCAACAAUCAAGGUGUUUUUACCUGGAAAACCUCCAGUAGAUUACCAAGGCGCUAGGGAUGCCAAAUCAAUUUCAAAUUUUGCAUACCAACAGAUCAAGUCACUUUUAAAGGAUCGGUUGGAUGGAAAAGCAACAGGAAAAUCAAGUGAAAAAUCGAGUGGGAACUCGGAACCCAGUGCAUCAGUAGAAUUAAAUUCUCUCAAUUUUGAUGAAUUGGUCCUUAAAAGUAAAGAUCUUUGGGUUGUGGAGUUCUUUGCGCCUUGGUGUGGGCACUGUAAGAAGCUUGCACCAGAGUGGAAGAAGGCAUCAAUUAACUUGAAGGGCAAGGUGAAGCUGGGCCAUGUUGAUUGUGAAGCUGAUAAGACUCUUAUGAGCAGGUUCAACGUAGCAGGUUUUCCUACUAUCUUGGUAUUUGGUGCAGACAAAGACAGACCCUCUAAAUAUGAAGGAGCCAGAUCUGCCUCUGCAAUCGAAUCAUUUGCUCUUGAGCAACUAGAAGUUAAUCUUGCACCUCCUGAAGUGACUGAGUUAACUAGCCAAGACAUAAUGGAAGAUAAGUGUGGCUCAGCUGCCAUCUGUUUUGUUUCUUUUCUCCCUGACAUCUUGGACUCGAAGGCUGAUGGAAGGAAUAAAUACCUAGAGCUGUUGUUAUCAGUUGCUGAGAAGUUCAAAAGGAGUCCUUAUAGCUAUGUCUGGGCAGCAGCAGGAAUGCAACCAGAGCUUGAGAAGCAGGUAGGGGUUGGUGGUUAUGGGUAUCCGGCUAUGGUGGCUCUGAAUGUGAAGAAAGGAGCUUAUGCCCCACUUCGAAGUGCUUUUGAACGUGAUCAGAUUAUAGAAUUUAUUAGAGAAGCUGGACUUGGGGGAAAGGGUAAUCUGGCUCUAGGGAGUGCACCAAAGAUUGUAAAGACUGAACCAUGGGAUGGAAAGGAUGGACAAAUUCUCGAGGAAGACGAGUUCUCUCUUGAUGAACUAAUGGGAGAUGAAAGCAAGCAGGAUUUGUGAACUUUUGGACCACAUUAACAGCACCGACAAAUGAAUUGCAACUGUCACAUAGAGAUUUUGAUGUUAACUAGCGUGUAUUUGUAACUUAUAGUCUGCUUCAUAGAUUUUAAAUAAGUACUGAUAAUUACUCCAUAUUCAUCAAAUUUAUGUAGUUGUAUCAUGACUUAA